CUGGCGGACGUGCUGGCCCUUUAAAGAAGCCGAGGGCUGCGCGAAUUUGGCUGAGGCGCGUCAUCUACUGUGGCUCGGCGCCAAUCCCGACGCUGGGCGGAGUGAGGCCCGGUCCCUACCGCGGGCUAAAGGAGCCCGGGCCUGGAGGCCUCUGCACCGGUCGCCUGGUCCCGGAACCAGUGCCGCCCAGUGUGGUUCCCAUAAGGAAGCUCUUCUUCCUGCUUGGCUUCCACCUUUAACCCUUCCACCUGGGAGUAUCCUGUAACACAUUCAGACUACAAGUCCAGACCCAAGAGAGCAAGGCCCAGAAAGAGGUCAAAAUGGGGUUUAUAUUUUCAAAAUCUAUGAAUGAAAGCAUGAAAAAUCAAAAGGAGUUCAUGCUUAUGAAUGCUCGACUUCAGCUGGAAAGGCAGCUCAUCAUGCAGAGUGAAAUGAGAGAAAGACAAAUGGCUAUGCAGAUCGCGUGGUCUCGGGAAUUCCUCAAAUAUUUUGGAACUUUUUUUGGCUUUGCAGCCAUCUCUUUAACAGCUGGAGCGAUUAAAAGAAAGAAGCCAGCCUUCCUGGUCCCAAUUGUUCCAUUAAGCUUUAUCCUCACCUACCAGUAUGACUUGGGCUAUGGAACCCUUUUAGAAAGAAUGAAAGGUGAAGCUGAGGACAUACUGGAAACAGAAAAGAGUAAAUUGCAGCUGCCAAGAGGAAUGAUCACUUUUGAAAGCAUUGAAAAAGCCAGAAAGGAACAGAGUAUAUUCUUCAUAGACAAAUGAAAUCCUGUUUAGCAAUCAAAUCUCAAAGCACAGAAUUGUUGACUUAAAUCAUGGUUUUUACAAUUUUUUAAAUGCUCAAGAUUUUGAUAUUAUAGAUUUUAUUUUAAAAUAUUAAAAUGCAAGAUGAGUUUUGAGCUAUUUUAAAAUAAAAUUUAUAACAUUCAACACAAAAUCAUGGGGGUGCUCUAAAUAACAUUCAGAUUUCCUCUCUCUGUGUGCAUUACCAAUAUCUAAGUGUAAAAUUAAUAAAUUGUUUUGAAUUCCUGGAAGCAAA